UUCACUCCACUGAGCUAGUUAAUGCGCUGAGGGAUGAUGUUAGCAGGCAGGAGUUGCAGGCUGGCCGUGAUGGCCCUGCUGCUGCUCCCUGCGCUGCUUGGUGAUGCCAGCAGCGGCAGCAGCGGCGCCGUCGAGCCCGAGACCCAGCUGUCUGCUGCGGGGUGCCGCGGUGCUCGCCAGCCGCCCGGCGGCGUUCCGGCGGCGGGCACUACUUGGCCUCCGCGUGCGGAUGCCGUUGUGGCAAAGGAGGGAGGCUGCGGCAACGACUUCGCCUGCUUCACGACGAUCCAACAAGCUCUUAAGGCAGCACCGGAUCUCGUGCCAUGCGAGAAGCAGCGCUACGUUGUCCUCGUCAAGUCCGGCGUCUCUGAGGAACCGUUCAUCAAAAUAACAAGGAAAAACGUCAUGUUGCUCGGGGAGGGAGCUGACAGGACCGUGAUAACUGGGAGUAAGAGCAACGGCACGCAAACCCUCAUGGACCAGACAGCGACCGUCAACGUUGAUCCAUCUGAGGAGCCCCAGUACUAGUACCCGGAGCAGCUAUCUUCUGAGCAGUUUGAGCAGUAGUAGGAGCAGU